UUCAAACUAUUAGGGUCUUUGAGAUUUUUUGUAAUGGGUGCUAUUCUGUUGCCAAUAUUAGAUGUUUUCCUAAAAAUCAAGAUGGGUGCCUUUGGUAAUGUCUCGCCCACUACCCUAUUUCCGUGCAAAAUUUCCCAGUGUUUACACACAAUUUUACGAAAAGCAGAGCUUUGACUAUUGUACGCUGUGAUUACAGGAACCAUAAUUUUAUCUUGUUUAUUUUUAUUUUUAUCCUCUGUUUUGUCCUUGUCAGCCAGUAGUAAAUCCCUAUCUAUUUCCUGGAUCUGUUUGAUUGUGUCCUCUAAAGUGUCCCUCUUUAAUCCUUUCUCAAGGCAUUUUUCUUGUAGUUCCAUGGCUUCCUUUUUGAACUCCUCAAUUUGUGUACAAUUUCUACGGAGGCGGAUAAACUGGCUUCUGGGGAUAUUAUUAAGCCAUGCAGUCAACAAUGAGUCGGAGUCAACGUGUUCAAAGCUCAUAUGGAGCAUCUUCCAAAGGGUUUAGCUCAUCCUCUGUAGGAGGCAGCAGCAGGAUCAGCAUCAGCUCAUCUGCUCAACGUGGUGGCGCAAAUCUUCGUUCUGCACCUGUUGGAAGCUUUGGUAGCAGAAGUCUUCUUAACGUGGGGGCUAGCAGCAAUAAGAUAUCUGGGCCGGGGUUUGGAUUUGGUAGCUUGGGAGCCAGCAGAGGAUUCAGUGGUUCUGCAGCUGCCUUACCAUCUGCAGGCAUUGUAAACGUGACUGUCAAUCAGAACCUCCUAUCUCCACUUGCCUUAAAUAUUGACCCCAACAUUUCAGUAGUCAAGAAAGAAGAAAGAGAACAGAUUAAGACCCUGAAUAACAAGUUUGCGUCUUUCAUAGACAAGGUUCGAUUCCUUGAGCAGCAGAAUAAGGUUCUUGAGACCAAAUGGAGCCUGCUACAGCAACAAGCAGGUCAAACAAGUUCAAAAAGUAACAUUGAGCCCCUCUUUAAUGCUUACAUUAACUCAUUGACAAGCAAGCUGGAUAGCAUACUGAGUGACAAGGGUAAACUUGAGGCAGAAGUACGUAAUGAAGAGGAUCGGGUUGAGGAUUUUAAAUUGAAGUAUACUGAUGAAAUUAACCGUAGAACUGCAGCUGAGAAUGAUUUUGUGCUGCUCAAAAAGGACGUUGAUGAAGCCUAUCUGAUCAAAGUAGGCCUGGAAACUAAAAUUAAUGGACUAAAUGAUGAGAUCACCUUCCUGAGAGCUUUGUAUGAACAGGAGCUUGGGGAAAUAGGGCAACAAUCGUCCGACACCUCUGUUAUUUUAUCCAUGGAUAACAAUAGGUCACUGAACCUGGAUGACCUUAUCGCUGAAGUGAAGGCUCAAUAUGAGGAACAGGCCAAUAGGAGCAGAGCUGAAGCGGAAGAGGCCUACAAGAAUAAGUUUCAGCAGUUGCAAAAUGCAGCUGGCCAGCACGGAGAUGAGCUGAAGAACACGAAGAAUGAGAUUUCACAGCUUAGCAGAGCAAUACAGAGAAUCAGAGCUGAAAUUGAAAGUGUAAAGCAACAGGUUGCCAAGAUUAAAUUAUCCAUAUCCGAUGCUGAGGGGCGAGGAGAAAGUGCAGUCAGUGAUGCCAGGAAUAAACUGGCUGAACUGGAGGCGGCACUGCAAAGAGCCAAACAAGAUUUAGCCCGUCAACUCAAAGAGUACCAGGAAUUGUUGAAUGUCAAGCUGUCUUUGGAUAUUGAGAUCGCCACCUACAGGAAACUGCUAGAGGGAGAGGAGAGCAGGCUAUCAGGAGAAAUUACUAAUCAAGUCAAUGUCUCUGUUGUGAACUCUGCAUCUAGUGGUGGCUUCUCCUCUGGCUAUGGAGACAAUAUUUUAUCUGGAUAUGGAGGCAAUAUUUCAAGUACAUCUGCAGAACCAGUGAAGAAACGUGCAGCAGUGAAGAUUAUAUCAAGGACUGAAAGCCAGAGAUCCUACCAAGCAUCUUAAAGUAUUGAGAAUUUGACACAUUGGCCUUACGAAUGAGUGAUUCAUGUGCAGCAUCUACUCUGUAACCAUUCUAAUCCUGGUACAAGGGAAAUUGGAUCUGGUUGUAUUCUAUGAAAGGGGAACAAAACAGGUUAAAUUGUCUAUACAAAUAUAACAAAUAAAUAUCAUAUGUGCAACUGAAAGGCUAUAGUACAAUCAUAUGCAAUGCUUGCCAUGAUUUCUAAGAAAUAGUAACAAAUGCUUUAGAGCACUGCCCCAAAGUGUACUAGAAACAAAACAUGUGAACAAUAUGUAAAUAAAGAAAAUGCCAAUCAUUAGAACAUUUCCAGUUUAUUGGAGCCUACUUGCUUUUUGUAGAAUUAUUUCUUUUAGGGAAUGUUCACACACACACACAUGUUUACAUUGAAUUAAAGACUAAAAAGACUUCAGUGGGGUCUGCUAUGGAUUUUCCACUGUGGAAAAUUUUUAUUGCGGAAAACCCGGCGCACCUCACUCUUCCAGCUGGAAACUCAAUGUAAACCCACUCGUGUGAGCGUACCCUAAAGUUGGUUUUUGGGGGGUUGUGUUUUUUUUUGUCUUGUAGUUGAAAAAAUUGUCAAAAUGAUCUCAGUACAAAUGUCAAUGAAAUAUGAUCAAAUGUUUUUUCUUUUAUGCAAAA